UUGGACUGUGUGGCGCAGCGGUAGUACGCUUGUCUGUGACACCGGAGUUCCCGGGUUCGAAUCCCAGCUAGGGCAAGAUGAAAAAAUAACUUUUUCUGAUUUGAAAGUUUUGGAUGUUUAUCUAAACAAUAUUUAUUAUACAAGUAUUUAUCGUCGUUAGUAUCUCGUAACACAAGUCUCGUGCAAACUUUGUAGGAACUUUUCAUCAAUUCACAUACAAACUGUUAUAAGAUCAAUCUCUAUAAUCUAGUUAAGCUGAGGAUUUAUUUGGGAAAGAUAUAUGUUAAGGGAGAAAUAGAGAUGGUUUUAGACCUUAGUAUUAAUAGUUGAAUAACAUGUAAAAUUAAAAAGUAAAUCAUGUCAGUACAUAGGUUAUUUACAGUUCCUAUAAAAAUAUUAGAAAAUCCACAUUCUGGACAGUUUGUGCACCGUGCUGGACUUCUUGAUGGAGACGCAGACCAAAGCCCCCGGGCUCCGCUCUGGGCUCGUGUCCCUGUUGAAGAACAUUGACAAACCAAUCUUGCUGAACGUUUCCUCCGAUGUAGUUACGUAUUUUGAGCUGCUUAGACACUAUUUGGGAUUUUUAGGUUACCUCCUUAUGCGAGCGGAAGACGACGAGAUCUUCUCGCUGGUCUCCAAAGGUCUCCUGUAUCAGAUGUCGGCCCCUGACUCCAUCCGAGGCCACGGGGCUGCUCAAGUUCGCCACACACUAGCCGCUGGCGCCCCUGUGCUGAUCCAAACUGCGGUCAGGAUGCUGGCCGUGGCAACUCCCUCCAGGUUCCCGACGUUCCUCCAGCUUUGCCUGGUGAUUGGGUGUGAUGAUGCUGAUAUAUGUCUAGAGAUGCUAAAAGAGAACAUUUUGGAGAAUAUCUUCUGCCGUUUCAACCCGUACUUCCCCCAGCAAAACCUGCCAGCCUACGACAUCAACCCCGCUGACCCUCAGGAUGUCAAUAUUAAAUUGGGUGAAAGUAGCGUCAACAUGUCUACCACCCUGUCUUUGCUGUUGGUGCUGGUGAAGACGGCCAACAAGUUUCUCGACGAGAACCCCAAAUACCGGGUUCUAUUGCCUUGUCCAGAUGUGUACAGUCAAAGAUGCUUCGUCUGGGCCUUCAGGUACGAGUGUAGGGCCAGGGAACACGGCCACCAAAGGGUGACCUUGACCAUCAUAGUGACCAUACUGCUGAAGUGUUUCGGCGACCGCCUCAUAGCUUUCUCCACGUACCUGAUGCCUGAUGUCCUGGCCUUGUCAGUACUAACCGAGCUGCCUCCACGCAACGACUGGACGAGGACGGUGAACUUCAACACGCAGCAAUCAGAUGUGCAGUUCAAGAAGCUGUUGAUACAACUCUCCGUGGAGUGCAUCAAGAUCUUCCCUUACAACAAAUACAUGGUAGAAUCUCAACAUUGGAUCCUCGGUUUGAUGUACCUGUUAGACCCUGGGCUCUGCUACCUCCGGGCCCGCUGGUCCCAGUCCCUGUUCGCUGAGCUCCGGAAGACGUCCCUGCAAGCCCUGGUCUGCACGAUUCAUUUAGCACCCCACAAUUUGGCUCGCGAUUAUGGCCUGAUUCGAAGGACCUUGUGGUACAUCGAGUGGUACUCGGAGAGUCCGUACGAGCUGCCAGUCCUGUACUGGUGCAUGCGACUCCUGCAGAUGGCCACUUACACCAGGGACACGCCAGAGCGCCAGGGCUCCAUCCGCGACCUGUUCGAUACGCACGGUGUCAUCAUACUGAUGCAUCUUUGCUUCACACUGGUAUCCCAAAAGACUCCUCCACUAGAAAAGAGUCAGGCUAUCAUAGCCCUGUGUCUUCGGCUCUUGUCCAGCGCCAUGGAGUACCAUCAGAGGGUUAGCUGUUGCGUCUACCCUCAAAUAAAAUGGCCGUCGUCAGUCCACCAGGUGGCCUCGAAGAUGCUCGACGUGGCGAUGUAUUCCCUUCAGAGACAUUAUAUUGUUAGUGAUAGGUGGUUGAUAUCUCUAAUGAACUUCAUCUGGGAGUGCAUAAUCUGGAAGGAUGACUACAGACAGACUUUUUUGGCCAACAACGGAAUGUACGCGCUUCUGGAUCUCAUUACCAUGGUGACGCCGCCCGUGCAGUGCAUAGCACUAGCUUUGGUGUGUGACGUGGCCAGAGCCGGUGACGCUAUAGGCCAGAUGGUCACUUGGAGAGCCAAUAUGGGGGCUUCUGAUGCAUACCCCGGUCUUGUGAAGCGUGGCGCCACCAUCGCAAGCUUAUUGGCAGCCAUUUUUCGUGACGAAUGCCGUGCCACCGGGGUGCCUCUCGAUGAAAACGGGAUUAUUCAAGAUCUUGACAAUCCUAUUAUGUCACUGGACAUGAAGACCGCCUUGAAGAACCACAUGACUGAUUGCAUGGUAGUCGGUGAUAUAGCUGGAUCCAGGAUGUCUAAGGCAUUUGCUCUGUUACAUAUGCUAUCGGAAGAUUUGGAAAGUAAAGUGAUGUUGGCAGAUGAAGCUUACAAGUUGUACAAGAACGUCCAAUUGGCUUCAGAGGACGAGGCAAUACUAGUGUUGUGCUCGCAUUAUCUCACGUUGAAACUGAACGAGGUGUGGGCAGAAAACAACAACUGUGUAGAACCAGUGGCUCCGGACAGCGAGAUUCUUAGAGAGUUCCUACUUUUUAUCAGGAGUUGGGCAUUGAUGGUGAAGCGCCAGCAGGAGGACGUCAUAGAAAGAGAUCGCAAAAAGGAACAAGAAGAGGAGUAUUCCCUCUACGCAUUCCUAGGGCGAGUUCGACUUAACAUAGCCCUGGACGCACUCCGGGAGGUCCGCUGUGUAGCGAGGUCCGCCGACCGCCAAUGUAUUGCGCAUACGCUGUUGUACGAAGCCGUGAGGGCCCAUCACCGCAGGUCGAUAUCCGCUAAAGCUAUGCAGCAUACAGUCUUGAAGACUUUCUGGCCAAAGUUGGAUGACCAGAAUAUAACUGGACAAUACGUGAAGGUGUAUAGCAUCCAAAAGAAAAACCAAUCAAGGCCAAGGGCAGACUAUCCUCCAUCGUCGUGAUGUCGAAUGCCUCGCGAGGUUACGCCUCGGGUGCGGCUGGACGCAAAAAACUUUUGUUUUAACUUUGCGGCCCAGGAAGCAAUACUUUUUAAGACUACAUUAUUAUAUCUUCCUGACGAAUGUCAAUAUCAUCUUCCUCUCUGGAAUUAAGCUGGUUUUCACCUAACACCCUCCCGGUGACAUAUGCAGCCUAAGCAGAGGAAUCCUGUUGCCUGAAU